GGGCGGACGACGGAACUGGCCGGGCCGCGGCGGGGCGGGGCCAGGUCCGCCCAGGUAGAGCUGCCGGGCGGCGGCGGCGCGGAGGACAAGAUGAGGUGCUGCCGCCUCUGCACUUUCGACGCGGCCCGGGGCCCCCGGCGGCUUAUGCGCGUGGGGCUGGCGCUCAUCCUGGUGGGCCACAUGAACCUGCUGCUGGGGGCCGUGCUGCACGGUACCGUCCUGCGGCACGUGGCCAACCCGCGCGGCGCCGUCACGUCGGAGUACACGGCCGCCAAUGUCAUCUCCGUGGGCUCGGGGCUGCUGAGCGUUUCCGUGGGACUCGUGGCCCUCCUGGCAUCCAGGAACCUCUUUCACUGGCAACUGGUGAGGCUAUUUCCUGUACCUAGCCGUGGCCUCGGGGCAGGGAGGGACGCGGGCCGUUGGGCUUCAUCCUUUAGUGGGGAGGCGGGGCCUCCUGGCGAAAGCUGGGCGCUGGACAGAGUGGUCAGCGGGCAUGUUGGCCACCUCCAGGCCAUUCACCCUGAUCUCUCCCGCCAGCACUGGGCCCUGCUGGGCGUUGCUCUGGCCAACCUGUUGCUGUCCGCUGCGUGCUCCCUGGGCCUCCUCAUCGCUGUGUGCCUCACUGUGGCCAAUGGUGGCCGACGACUCAUUGCCGACUGCCAUCCGGGCCCGAUGAACUUGCUGCGGCUGGACUGCCCUUUUGACCCCACCAGAAUCUACCACACGGCCUUGGCGCUCUGGAUCCCUUCACUGCUCAUGUCCGUGGCGGAGGCGGAUCUGUCCGCUUACUGCUGCGUGGCUGCCCUCACGCUUCGUGGGGUUGGGCCCUUCAGGCAGGAAGAGCUACAGGCGCAGCUCGAGGAACUGACAGAGCUGGAGCUCCCUAAACAAAGACGGCAGGAAAACGAGCAGCUCCUGGAUCAAAAUCAAGAAAUCCAGUCCCCACAGAAAAACUGGGUGUAGCACAGGUAGUGGGUGAAGAGGACAGAGGGUCGGGGUAGGGAGCCGCCCUCUGCUCUGGCCCUGGCCCUCAGACACAGGUUCUCUCCAUCAAGCAGGUGCUGAGGCUCCAUCCGCAGGGGUCUCCACUUACCCUCAGGCUGUGUAGAGGAUUCUAAUAAAGAACGUUUCUUCUACACAGUUCUUAUUC